UAAUCGCUCAACGUUUCUCUGGUUAGUUAAACAUUUUUCAAAUUGUUACCCAAAUUAAUCCAUGACCAUAGUUUGAAUCUAAAUAAUUACCUUGUUUAUUUUGUAAUAUGUACUUUGUGGCCUGUUUGCAUAUGUUUUGCUCCAUAAUCUUAUUGAAAUAAAACCAAAUUUUUCAGCUCAACAGUCAACUUAAGCUUCCUAGUUAACCAUCUAAAUCUUAAUCUUUGCUUGUCUCAAAGUUCAAGUGUUUAAGUAAAUAAAGAACCCAUCCUUCUUCAAUACCAUCACCAUCACCAUCAUGAUCAUCCCCACCUUCUUAAGUCAACAAAAGUUUACAAUUAACGAUAAUUGUAAUUGUAUCUUUUUCUCUCCAGUCUGUAUUGCCUGUAUCUUUUCAUGUGUUAUUUUGUGUCUCCGCUGUUUAGACUUUCAUUGUAUCUCUUGAACACAUACAUGGAGACAUCCAAAUCUAAUUAUAUUAUUCCGUGUAAUGGAAGGAGAAAAUAAUCAAGAUUAAGUUUUUUGGAAUCACAGAUAAUGUUGAUUAAUUGUUUGCUGUUAAACCCGUGGCAAGAUAAUCUCAAUCUUUAUUCUCGGUCUAUUUCAAAUUGAUUAAGUAAACAGAUUACUGGAGGUGUGGACCUGGUUAAAUCCAUUGUUUAACAUUAUAAUGCUUAAAAUGCAAACACAAUUUAGACAUUUUUAUUAUUCUUUUCCUUCUCUUCUUAUCUUUUACUUUUUUUUCUUAACAAUCAAUCAACUAGAUUAUCAAUUAUCAGUCAGAUAAAUCUAUAGAAUUGGUUAAUUCUUGUUUCCUUUAAUCUUUCAUCUGUUUACCACGACCGUAAUUACAAUAUGUUCCCUGCUCUGUCUUCCCUUUGGUAAAUAAAAAGGAAACAUUAGUUGAAAAAGUUUCACAAGUGUUUUGAGCUUGCAAGUUACUCUGGUGACAAAUUUUGUUAUUUUGUUACAGUUUAUAUUUUAGUUUUAUAUUUUUAUACUUUCCAAUAUUAUUAUACAGUUAAUUAGUUAAUUUUCAAUAAUGAGUCUAGAAACCCUUCCUAAAGAAGAAACUUUACGACUUCGUGAACAACACAUUGGAAAAUCAUGUACCCUGUUUUUCAAAGAUGACCCACUCAAAAUUGUUAAAGGUGAUGGCCAAUACAUGUAUGAUGAAAUUGGAACCAAGUAUCUCGACUGUAUCAACAAUGUUGCUCAUGUUGGUCACUGUAAUCCUCAUGUAACCCGAGCUGCUGCUCGUCAAAUGUCACUCAUCUAUACCAAUUCUCGAUAUCUUCAUGAUGCUAUGGUCAUAUAUGCUAAGCGAUUGACUCAAUAUUUUCCUGAAAAUUUGUCAGUCUGCUACUUUGUCAACUCUGGCUCUGAAGCCAAUGAUCUUGCUCUUCGACUUGCUCGCGCUCAUACAAAACACAAGGAUGUCAUCGCUGUAGAUAGUGCAUACCAUGGUCACUUGACUUCUAUUGUUGAAAUCAGCCCUUACAAAUUUGAAAAUAUUAAGGGACACAAGAAGAAGAACUGGGUUCACAUUGCACCGUUACCAUGCAAUUACCGGGGUAAAUUCAACAAAGAUAAAUAUGACGAUGAUGAAGUUAUCGGAAAGCUGUAUGCCAACGAAGUUGCUAAAUUGAUAGAAAACGCCCAUGAAAAAGGUCGUGCGAUUGCUGCAUUCAUAUCUGAAUCAAUGCUAAGCUGUGGUGGCCAAGUUAUUCCUCCUAAAGGUUAUCUCAAAGAAGUUUACAGACUAGUCCGGGAAGCUGGUGGCGUCUGUAUAGCCGAUGAAGUUCAGGUUGGCUUUGGGCGCAUCGGAAGCUCAAUGUGGGCUUUCCAACAUCCAAAUAAUGAUGUUGUUCCAGAUAUUGUAACUCUUGGAAAACCUAUUGGUAAUGGUCAUCCUGUUGCUUGUGUCGUCACAACACCAGAAGUGGCAGCAAGCUUUGAAGCUCUCGGAGCUGAAUACUUCAAUACAUAUGGAGGUAACCCUUGCUCAAUGGCUAUCGCAAACGCUGUUCUUGAUGUGAUUGAGAAGGAAAAUCUUCUCAAAAAUGCAGCCAAUGUUGGUUCUUUCCUCAUUGAAUCACUGGAAAAGUUGGCUGACAAAUAUCAAGUCAUUGGUAAUGUGCGUGGCUGUGGACUCUUCAUUGGCGUCGAAUUAGUUCGUGAAAGAACAAGCAAACGACCUGCAGGUCAUCUCGCCGAAUGGGUUGUCCGUCGUUUCCGAGAUGAACGAAUAAUAAUGAGUACGGAAGGAAAAUACUCCAAUGUUUUGAAAUUCAAGCCGCCUAUGACUUUUAACAUGGAAGAUGCUCAAAACUGGAUCACCGUAUUCACAUCCAUCAUGAAGCAAAUUGAAACUGAAGAGGUGUCCUCCUCAAGCAGUAGCUCAGCAAGUACUUCAAGUGUUGACUCGUUGUUCUCCAGUUGCGAAGAACUUGCCUAAUUCAUCACCAAAUCAUCUCAACAUUAUUUAACUUUACUCCUAUUUACGCUCAAAAUGAAAAGUUAAAUUAUUAUUCUAAUUCCAUUGCAUUCCGAAUCAUGAUAUAAACACUUAUCAUGUUGGCAAAAUUUCUCUUAAACUUAGUAUUGACCCUCUAAGGUCAAUAAUUUAACCCACCUAAUGCUGAUAACAGAUCUGUUUUAUAGAUCGUAAACCCAAAACUAUUUUCUUGACAAAGUGCCAUUUUACAAAUUAGUUGAAGCUAAUCUGUAUUCACAAUCUCUCAUAGUAAAUGUAAAUUCCCAAACCAUUUAAAUGUCAUAAUAACUGUAAUUCAUUGCCAUAAAAUCCCGACUUUUAAACUUCACAACCAUUUAUGACGAUGAAAACCUGAUACACAAACAUCAAGCAGAAGAAAAAUUAACGUAAACCACAAAAAAAAUGAAGAUUAAAAUAAAAUAAACACUUAUGCCUGGUA